CGCUUGGGGCUGCUACUUGAUUGCAGCAGCAGCACAUCAGCUUAUAACGGAGGCAGCAAUGUCGCACAUCUGUACAGCCUGCAGCAGCAGCAGCAGCAGCAGCAACUGCACAGAGCAGCAGGCAGCAGCACCUGCAGCAGCUGCAACACUGGGGUUUGCUUCUGCUGCUGAGGUGCGCAGCAAAGGCCUAGAGCUGCUGGGCUUGGCAGCAGAUGGGCAGCCACGGCUGCUGCAGCAGCUGCUGCAGCAGGAAGCAGUGCUGCAGCGGCAAAACCUGGAGUGCAGCUGCUGCUGCAGUUGCUGCUGCCUCUGCAGCAUCACUGCUGCUCUCAAGGCCCGCUGCUCCAUUCUCACUUUGCUGCUGCAGUUCCUGCAGCAGCAGCGGCUGCUGCAGCUAAUGCCGGCGGACUUGCGGCAAGAUGCACUAAACCUGUUGGAUGAGCUUCGGCUGCAGCUGCUUGCGCUGCUGCCUCCGCUGCGCGCAUGCACGCAGCGCAGCCGCGAGCUGCAGCGCGGAGAGCAGCAGCGGCUGCAGCAGCAGCAGCAGCAGCAGCGGCGGCAGCAGCAGUCCAGCGGCAGCAGCAGCAAGGGCAGCGUCGACGCAGUCCUCGGCACUGCUGCCUUGUGCUGCAGCGCCAGCACGCAGCAGCAGCUAGAGUUAAGACGCCUGUGGCGUUGCGCCCUGUUGCUGCAGCUGCAGCACAUGCUUGAGGACCAGCACAACGCCAGCAGCAGCAGCAGCAGCAAUGGCAGCAACAGCAACAGCACCUGGGAGUCACUGUUGCAAUUGCCGUUCGCCCAAGUUGCUGCUGCAGUGCUGCAGCAGCCUCGGGGGACGCUGGAGCUGGUGGAGUGUCUGCGGCGUGCAGCAACUUUGCUGCGACAGCAGCAGCAGCAGCAGCAGCAGCAGGAAAUACUGAUGCUAUUUCAGCAGCCUGAGAAUGGCAGCAAAGAUAUUACGGAAUGCAGCGCGUGGCUGCAGGUCUUCGACUGUCUCCUUGAUUCUGUUAUGGCGCUGCUGCUGCCGCGCCUCAGCAGCAGCAGCAGCAGCAGCAGAGACUGGACAGAUACCAAGGACUUCGUGCGUUUGCUGCUGCGGUCUGCGGAUGAGUACGCAUUGGAUGGAAAGCUGCCGCGAGAAGACGGUUCAGACUUCCUGGAGUACCGUGCUGCUGCUCUGUGCUGCGCUGCAUGCGACGGAGUGGUGGCCGUGCUGCAGCGGCAGCUGGCAGCAGCAGCAGCAAGUGCUGCUCUGCCUGCUUUCCCGCUGCUGCAGCGGCAGACGCUGGAGGCUCUGGGCCAGGGGCAGUUUGAGAGGCGCAGGGAGCGGCUGCAGCUGGAGUGCCUCUAUGCUGCCUUUCGGUGCUGCGAGGGGGUCUUGCGGCUGUGCGAGCUGCUGCGGCCAUCUGAGGCUCCGCUGCGGCUGCUGGCUGCGCGGCAGCAGCAGGAGCAGCAGCAGGAGUUUGGCGUUGCUGCUGCUGACUCCGCAGCAGCAGCAGCGGGAGCAGCAGACGCUGGUGGCGGCGAAGGCGGCGCGCUGCUGACGCCGGCGCAGCAAAAAGCCAUGCAGCGGCUGCUGCUGCUGCAGCAGGACACCCAAGCCAGAGUCCUCUGCAGAGCCCGAAUUGUAGAAGACACAGCAGCAGCAGUCAGGUGCUGCGGGGGCCCCAAGGUGUCUG